AAAUCUGCUAGUCCGGGAAAUUGGAAGACGAAAUAAGACCGCCAAUGCUACAAUCGCGGCGUGUGCCCAGAGAUGGCAAGUAUAUAAGGCAAGCGUGCGACUCUAGUCGACACUAGUUCUGCAGCUCCUGUUCAAUUACGAGUAGCAAACAUGAAAGUUUUGAUUCUUGCCCUGUUCUUGGCUUGCGCCUCUGCCCAGUAUUUUCCGUAUGGUUUUUACGGUGCUCCUGUUCCCGUUCCAACUGCAAGCCAAUUUCACGCUCAGGAUGCACUAGGUCAAGCUUCAUAUGGCUAUGUUUACCCCGGACAGGCAGCCACUAACUACCGCGAUGCUUUCGGUAACCAAGUCGGCUCUUAUGCUUACAUCAACCCCAACGGAAAGGAAGUCCGCGUCAGCUACGUCGCUGAUAGACAGGGCUUCCGCGUUCUAUCCAAUGAUCUGCCUCAAUCUCCAGUGGAUGAAGGCAAAGCGCCCGUUUUUGAAGGCAAAGCUCCCGUUUUUGAAGGCAAAGCUCCCGUUUUUGACGGUAAGGCACCCGAGCCCGUACAGGACACACCUGAAGUAGUUGCCGCUAAGGCCGAGUUCUUCAAGCUGUACAAGGAAGCUGAAGCUGCCGCAGAAGCCGCCCCAGCUGCCGAAGUCGCUCCCGUCGCUGAUGCACCUGUUGCCGCAGUUGUCGAAGUCGCUCCCGUCGCUGACGCACCUGUUGCCGCAGUUGCCGAAGUCGCUCCCGUCGCUGAAGCCCCCGUUGCCCCAGUUGCUGAAGUCGCUCCCGUCGCUGACGCCCCUGUUGCCGCAGUUGCCGAAGUCGCUCCCGUCGCUGAAGCCCCCGUUGCCCCAGUUGUCGAAGUCGCUCCCGUCGCUGACGCACCUGUUGCCGUAGUUGCUGAAGUUGCUCCCGUUGUUGACGCCCCGGUUGCCCCAGUCGCACCAGUUGAAGACGCCCCAGUCGUUGUCGAAGAGAAAGUAGCUGCUGCUCCCGAGCCCGUUCAGGACACCCCUGAAGUCGUCGCGGCCAAGACUGAAUUCUUCAAACUGUACAAGGAAGCCGCCGCUGCCGCUGACGCCGUUGAUGAAGAAGGAAACCCCACUGCCGUUGAAACCCCCGUCGUGGUCGAGAGCGUACGCAGGAAGCGUCAAAUUCCUUUCUUCCCCGCCGCUUUUCCCUACGCCCCGGCUGUUUACCCCGCUGCUCUCCCCGUUGUUAGGUACGUUGCUCCCGCUCCCUUGGUAGCCAAGACCACCUUCAAGACCGUCGCCGCUGAGGCUGAUCCGUCCGCCAAGACCCCCGCUUCAACCACCAAGUUUGACUUGAAGGAAAAGAGCUACGACGUCGUUACUCCUCUGGCCUACCACCUGCCCUACGCUUACAAUUAUCACUUCGCGCCUGUUGCUGCCCCAGCCGCUGCCCCAGCCGCCGUUGAGAGCUCCCGCAAGAAGCGCCAGGUCGUCGCUGUUGUCGCCCCCAACCAGCAGUUCAUUGAUGACCUUAAAUACAGCAGCGUUGAUUUGAACCAGGACGGUCAACCCGACAAGGCUGUUGUCCCCGUUUACCCAACUUUCCACUACGCCACUGCUGCUUUUCCUACUCUGAAGUACGUCGCCCCUUCCGUCGUUGCUCCCUUUCCGUUCGUGGCUAAGACCACCGUGAAGGCCGUCACUGCUGAGGCUGAUCCGUCCGCCAAGACCCCUGCUGCCACCACCAAGUUUGAUUUGAAGGAAAAGAGCUACGAUGUUGUUACUCCUCUGGCUUACCACCUUCCUUACGCUUAUCCCUUUGUCGCUGCUGCACCCGCACCUGCUGCCGCCGCUCCCGUUGCCGUUGAGAGCUCACGCAAGAAGCGCCAGGUCACUGUCGUUCCCACCAGCCAGUUCUUCAGGGAUUUUGCGUACAACAGCGUUGAUUUGAACAAGGAUGGUCAACCCGACAAGGCCGUUUACACCGCUCCCAUUGCUUACUCAGCAUUCUACCCCAAUCCCUAUCCCUACAUUAACGGAUUCUAUGGUUGAAUAGUUUUGUAACACGGCACUUAAUCUGGACAAUUAGAACGUACAAAACCUAUACCCGAAUAUGAUUAUCAACCGAACAUUUGACGUGUGCUGUUCACCUUGCAAUUCUACCAUUUAGUGUACAUUGUUUCAAUUUUGUUUUGUUUUUUUCAAGGAAAAAAAAGUCGGGGGUAGCUUGUUGAAAUGUGGUUGUACAUGCCAACAAGAAUGAGCAUCCAUACAAUUGUUAACAUUACACAAAAUCAAAGACA